GCGACCGUCUUCCAUUCUCCGUCCCAUCCACCAGCUGUUUCUUCUGGGCCUGUGGGCCGCACAGUAUGAGGCAGCCACCAUGGGCUUUAAGGAAAACUUCUCGGAGAUUGAUCCUGUCACUUUGAACCUCUGCAUCCUUAUCGCCAGCUAUGUUAUCUUGCUUCUGGUGUUCCUGAUAUCUUGUAUAAUGUAUGACUGCCGGGGCAAGGAUCCGACCAAGGAGUACGCGCCGGACCCUGUGCCUACCCAAUCCCCCAUCAGACUGGUGGUAAUGCAGCAGACCACCCCUUCUCCGCAACAUCAACGCUGGGACCAGACCAAUAUGGUCACCUCAUAUGAGCCUCAGCCCAGUCCAGACUUCAGGGAGAAGAAGAGCACCAUGGUCUAGAUUCUAGAAGGACUACUGUGGUGCUGAAGAACUCAGUCCACCACCUGUUGGAAUUAUCGCAGCGGGAUAAACUUUUGUACAUAAAUGUUUUUUAAAAUCUGUUUCUACAUUUAUUUUUUAGACUGUAUUUUUCCCUGGUGGCCAGGACAAUGCUAGGAUUGGACCUGCAGAAGACCAGUCUGAGACGGUAAGAGAGAGGCAUGUGUGUGCAGUGUUGAUGCACAUGAAAUCCGUCUUUUAGAAAGCUCUGGUGGAUCACAGAAGCCUACAGCCUGUUCUAAAAGAAGAAAUGUCACAACUGAUAAUCAACAUGGAAUUCAGGAGCUGUACUAUUAACAGUGGUUUGUGUUACACGACAUGAGAGGGAACUGCAAUUGACUAAAAAAGGGUUGCAGUUUUCAAACCAUAUCUUUGCACGUAGCUCAAAUAUUUAUUACAUCACAAAAUGCCUCAGUGUUUAAAUUUGAUACAAAGUAUUACCAGUUAUCAUUUUUCAUUUUUCAUGAGAGACAGGU